AUGCUGAGUCUGACUACUCCAGUUCUCACACAACUAGAUGCUGAGUCUCACUUCUACAGUUUGGAGCUCACACAACUAGAUGCUGAGUCUGACUACUGCAGUUUGGAGCUCACAAAGCUAGAUGCUGAGUCUCACUUUAGCAGUUUGGAGCUCACACAACUAGAUGCUGAGUCUGACUACUGCAGUUUGGAGCUCACAAAGCUAGAUGCUGAGUCUCACUUCUACAGUUUGGAGCUCACACAGCUAGAUGCUGAGUCUGACUACUGCAGUUUGGAGCUCACACAGCUAGAUGCUGAGUCUGACUACUGCAGAUUUGAGCUCACACAGCUAGAUGCUGAGUCUCACUUUAGCAGUUUGGAGCUCACACAGCCAGGUGCUGAGUCUCACUUUAGCAGUUUGGAGCUCACACAGCUAGAUGCUGGGUCUCACUUCUACAGUUUGGAGCUCACACAGCUAGAUGCUGAGUCUCACUUCUACAGUUUGGAGCUCACAAAGCUAGAUGCUGAAUUUGAGCUCACACAGCUAGAUGCUGAGUCUCACUUCUACAGUUUGGAGCUCACACAGCUAGAUGCUGAGUCUGACUACUGGAGUUUAGAGCUCACACAGCUAGAUGCUGAGUCUCACUUCUACAGUUUGGAGCUCACACAGCUAGAUGCCGAGUCUGACUACUGCAGUUUGGAGCUCACACAGCUAGAUGCUGAGUCUCACUUCUACAGUUUGGAGCUCACACAGCUAGAUGCUGAGUCUGACUACUGCAGUUUAGAGCUCACACAGCUAGAUGCCGAGUCUGACUACUGCAGUUUGGAGCUCACACAGCUAGAUGCUGAGUCUCACUUCUACAGUUUGGAGCUCACAUAG